AUGGAGGCUGCGCUGAAGAAUUUGUCGAGUACAGUCGAGCUGCUGGCUGUGGCGGCGCGGAGCGGUGACGUACGUCUCUGGGACCGACAGUAUCUUACUCGGGCUUUUCACUGGGCCUGCUACUGCGAGCAUCUUUUCUCCAAGUUCCACCAGAACCCCAAAAUAAGAGGGCUCAUGGAAAUACAAGUACAGCAUGCUAAUAGCAAUUUGAGAGCAGUCUACGGAGAUUAUACUGACCUCUCCUUUUUGGACCUGUCACAGUGCCAGCACCUAUUGCUUACAGCACUCUUAAAGAACCCCAAUCUCCCCAUCUCCAUUAUGAAGAUACUCUUUGACACCACAAAGCCAGCACACUGCAAACCAGGAGAGUAUCAGGAAGUCACUGGGAUUUGCGGUAACAUCGUUCAAUGCAAAUCCGCUAUUCAAAUUUUAAGUCCCAUCACGGGACACACAAGCGCCGGUGCCGAGGCCCAAGCCGCCUUGUUGACAGAGAGGCUUCACGCCCUGCUGAGCCCAGGCGGUGAAACUCGCCGGGCGCAGCAAUUUCUUGACUCUGUUCUCCAGGGAUGCAAAGAAGCAGAACAUUUGUGUCUGGUCCUCACUGCUGUUCUGCUGACUGGAGAAAAUGCACAUGCACGAAGCGCUUCAGUGGAUUUUCUCCUCGACUGGCUCCAGCAAAAACACAGCCUGCUGCAGCACAUGUGCCUCACACUGCCUACAUCUCGUCUUAAAGACUUGGCCAAAGAAAAUGUUAAAUUUAGGGACAUGUACGGUGGUGUCCUCAAAAAAUGGGCUGCUGAUAUGGAGUACUGCUUGGACGAUGGCAAAUGGGUGCAAAGCGGCACAAGACCAAAAGUGUCUUUUCAGGGAGUGGUUGAGCACUUUGUUGUUUUGUUUGAAGGGUGUCCCACUCUAUGGACAACUGUAGAAAGAGAGCUGACUGAUUUGAAGAUAUCAGAUGGAGACUUCGAUGUCAGAGGAUUAAGUGUGUGGGGAGAUCUCUUAGCAGAAAUACAAAAGCGUCUUGAUAAAUAG